CCGCCAUUUGUGCGCCAGUUGAGUUUUGUUUGUGCUCUGUGUGUGUUGCGUGUGAGAGAGUGGAAGAUUUUUCUCAGCAGUGGCACUUUUCUAUCGGUUUUUUUUGUCAUCCCAGAAAAAAAAGAAGACAGACAAGGAAUUGUCCUCCAAAAGGGACAAAAAGAGAUUUCCAAGAUAAAAAUUUAUCCAGUGUCAAUUGAAAAUCACAAAGUUUUCCCGCCAAGAAAAUUGUCUCUGUGGAAUAUUUUCACUUUCCCCCCAUCCCCCAUCCGUGCAAAAAAAAAAAGCAAUUUUUCGCUUUUUUGUUGUGUGACGAAUUAUAAUUUAAAAAAAGAUAAAAAAAAAUAUCGUGAGUUUUUAUUUUUCGGGGGUAAAAAUGUGUGAACUUUUUGAUGAUAUGAGCUCAGGAUUUCACGAUGUGUUCCUCAAUAAAUUCUCGGAUUCUGGUCCAAUAAUGGAUUUCUAUAUAUCGGAUUCCAUGCAAGAUAUGCUGGAUAUUGAUAUCCGAUCGGAAGUUGCAACAGUUGUUGGGGGUGCAAGUGAAUUUUCAUCAUUGAUCAAUUAUGAUUUGCCAUCAUUGGAUUUAGAUACAAAUUCCAAUGAUGGUGAAAUAUCAUGGUUGGGUGGACCUAAAUGGUCAGCUGGAAGUGAUAUUUAUGCUGAUGUUGGGGCAUGUGUCAAUCCAAAUUCUGUGAUGCCAGUCAUCUCAUCGUCAAUCUUUACGGCAUCACCAAGGAAUGCCCAAUUGAAUCUCAAUACAAAUGUUAAUUUGGCCAAUGGUGGAUGCUCUCCGGCUAGUCCGAAAGAGAAGAAGAGUCAUUUGACUUUUUCGCCAAAUCCCAUCAAAAUUCCCAUGGUUAAGGAUACCACACAGACAACAACUGUCAAUGGGGUAAAAGUGUCAACGAUGAAUAAUUCACGUAUUGAGGCAAUUAAGAAGGAUCUCAGUGAUGAUAUGAAGUCAUCAGAGAAGAUCAAUGGGAAGCAUCAGAUUGGUGGUAUGCCCCAGAUAACGACAAGUACAACAAAUGGGGGAAUACUGAAGAAAAUGAGUGGGAAUACAAUUGAACUUGCAGUAGGAAUUGGGGGAUUGACAUUUGCCAAUGGUCCUGGGAAUAUUGCAAAAUUGAAACAAAAUGGCACAAUAAAGUCAUCCCUGAGCAAUGGCAAUAUUAUUGUACAGAAGCGUGAACGUGAAUCUAGUCCGCAGCAGUCCAAUGGACUCAAUCAUAGUCAUCAUUUUGGUGGCAAUGGCCAUAUCAAUGGACAUGGCAAAUUGCUUCAGAAAAGUAUUGUGAUGACAUCAAAUGGUCAGCCAAGACACACAUUAGCCAAUGGCACAAAUCUAAUUGCAACAUCAACGCCCGGACAGACAAAAAUCAAAAUUAAGUCAACAGGCAUGGAAUUCCCUAAGCCAGCAUAUUCCUAUUCCUGCCUCAUUGCCAUGGCACUCAAGAAUUCUCGUAGUGGCAGUUUGCCCGUGUCUGAAAUCUACAGUUUCAUGUGUGAACACUUUCCCUACUUCAAAACCGCCCCAAAUGGCUGGAAGAACAGUGUGAGGCACAAUUUGUCCCUCAAUAAGUGCUUUGAGAAAAUUGAGAAACCCACCACGAAUGGGGGUCAGAGAAAGGGAUGCCUAUGGGCUAUGAAUCCAUCGAAAAUCAGCAAAAUGGAUGAGGAAGUGCAGAAGUGGUCACGCAAAGAUCCACUUGCCAUACGCAAAGCUAUGGUCUUCCCGGAAAAUCUCGAAGCUCUGGAGCGUGGUGAGAUGAAACAUGGACACAGUGGAGAGAGUGAUAUUGAGAAUGAAGGGCAUUCGGAAUCGGAGGAACACAGUGAUUCCGAGGUGGAGGCUGAAAGUGAAAUCCUGGACACGCCUGAAUCCUGCGAUGAUGACGUCGAAGGGGACUUUGAUGUUGAGGUGGCUGAUCUGUAUGAUGAAAUCGACAUUGAGGAUUCCAAGGAGCUCCUGUCCAUGAGCCAUAGCUUCGUGGAUGACAGCGGUGAGGUGCUUGCAACGCCCAAAAGGGCCCGAUUGGAUGUCAAUUACUCAAUCACACCCGCCACUCCAAACUCUUUCGGUCUCAGCCACAUUCAGUCCUCCCACAAUCACCAGCAUCUAACCACGUCCACGCCACAGCCAUCUCACAAUCGCCGGAAGAUGCAGCUGGUGAACCGAAUAGCCUAGGCUAGUCCUGUGCUUUGGGUCCGAAUGGGGGCACAAUCCUCAGGCAACCAAAUGUGAAUAAAAAUUGAAAACCACCACCCGAGGUAGAGAUAGAAUGUGUUUGAUGAGUGAAAGAGAUAGAGAAAGUGAGAAUGAGAUGGGAAUUCUAUUGCAGUUUUUUUUUUAUUUUUUUCAAGAAUGAACGGUAAAGUAAGUUUAAAAUUUGGGAGCUGAAACAGAGAAAAAUCUAGGACAGUUUUUUUUUUGGAAAAUUGGUGGGUGAAAAAGAAAAAAAAACUUUUAAAAAAAUAUUUGCUAUUUAUACACAUUUUUCCUAAUUAAAUAGUAUCUCAAGAAAAAAUAUUUUUACUGUAAAAAGAAAAUAUAUAAAAUGAAAGAAAAGAGGUUUUGAGAAUAAAACCUUUUAAAUAACAUUUAUAGUCACGUUUAGAAGAAAAAUGUGUAUUGAUAAAAAAAAAGAAAAAAAAACGUUUAGGAAAAAAAGUCCUUCAAUUACGAAGAAUUCCAACAUAGAAUGAAGAGAUAGAGAGAGAGAGAUAAAAUAAUUUAGCUUUUAAGACUUUCUUUACGCUUUUUUUUUUAUAAAAUUAUAUUAAUUGUCUCUUGUAAAUAUUUUUUCCUAUUUCCCCUUGAAAAAACAAAAAACAACUAAAUUGAAAACUUAAAUUUUAUAUAAAUAUAUUGAUAAUUGUAGGUA